AUGGCGGCAGAUGAAGGCAAGCCAACCCCCCACAUCAUUUACCUUUGCUUCGUAGUCUUUCCAACAAAGCUAGUAUCUGAACCCCUGCAGUCUAUGUUUAUGCAGAAUGGCAGUAACAACAUCAACAACAGAGGAAGCCAUUACCAGCGAGGCAAACGGAGGAAAGGUGUGAGCCGGACCCUGCCGGCCGUACCGGCUCGAAAUCGGCCGUACCCCACUGGGGGCCAGCCGCCCGCCGAGCCGCUCCCGGAGCCGCGGUGCACCCGGAGGCCCGGCCCUGAGCCCGGCGGAGCCGCAGGGCAGUCCCGCAGCGCCCCGUACCCCGUGUACGACUGCUCCACCUCGCAGUGCGUAGGAAGGUUCCCUUCAGUAGCCUCCUCUUCAAAGAUUUUUAUUUGCCGCCUCCGCUGUUUCCCUCUAGCCGGCACUCUUGGCAGCUGCUGUCAAUUCGCGCGAAAGCACGGCGGGCCCCGGCCCGGGGAGCACACACCUCAUCCCGACGGACGCCGAGGGCAGCGGCAUCCCGACCGCGCCCGGCGGAGCGCCGCCGCCGAGCCCCACGCUCGCGUCCCGCCAGGGCACCGACCCUCAUCGCGGAAAGCGGAGGCGGGGGCUCCGCGGAGGGACCGGAGCCGUGCGGGGCCGGGGGGCACGGCAGGGUGCGUGCAGCACCGCGCACACGCUGCCCGCGCUGCCGCCGGGGCGGAGCUGCGGCCCCUUCGCGAAGCGUGGAGCGCAAGACGGCUCGGAGCCAGCCGGAGGGUUCGCUGCUCCCACAGCACCCGCCUGGGGCCCUGGCGCCCCCCAAAGCCGCCCUCCUGGGCUUCGCUGCGGGGACCCGCCGAGGCGCCCUGCCCCGGCCGCUCCUCGGUGGCCACGGUAGCGGGGAGCCGAGGCGACGGGCGGCGUCGGGGUGACCCCUGGCCGGCCCCCGCAGCCCUCCUGCUGCCGUUGCCCCUCGGACGUGUCGCAGGAGCCCGGAGCAGGGGUAGCUGCCGCGCGGCCUCUCCCUCGCAGAGGGGUGAGGGAGAAGAAAGGGGCUCUGUCCUCACCGGCGGCGACCGAGGUAGCCGAGAAGCUCCGGCGGGCCCCCUCCGCCCCUCGGCACACGCGUUUCCAUUUGACGGCCCAGGUCUCCUGCCAGAGAGCAGUGUUUAUUCAUUACAUAAACAGAAGUGAAAGGAAUUAAGCGGGUAGAUGUGAUAGCUCAGGGGUACCUUUCAGGCUCUUCAGCAUAGAUUUUCUACGCUUGUAGAAAACAGGACAUCCUUACAACCGAAAACAGGCAGUAAGUUUUGUAGCUGUGUAUUCAUAGACAGCCAACGAUGGUUUCCAUUUAGGUUCUGCCCUACAGCAUGCUAAGGGCAAAGAGCUCUUUUACAUAAUGUGAUCACUGUUACAAUUUCCUCUGUCCCUGGCACUUUCCCUAAAUGAAUGACAGCAUGACACAAUUAGCACGGAUGCUUAAAAGGUCAGCUUAUAGAUAAAGGUUUUCACUGCAAUUUCAAGAAUGCAUAGGUGCAACACCUAAUUUGAACAUGCAUAGGUUUCAUCCAGGUAGUCUGUUCAUGGUGUGGAAAUCAAAUACACAAUAGUGAGACCUAAGUAAAUGAGGCAAAGCUAUUGCAGUUACACUCUGGGGUGCCAGAACGACUCCCUACACUUACUUCUGCUGUGCAAGGGCCACUUCUCUAAAACGAUGCAGGGCUGCAUCCCAAUACCUCCCUUCUUGCUGUUUGCCUCCCCUGCCUCCAUGUUUCUACAGGGGAAGAAAAGAAAAGAAAAUGGAAGAAAGGGAAGAAAGAGAGGAAGUGAGGAAGAAAAAGCUUUGCAUCAAGUUCCGGACAUUGGCACAAGAACCGCCAGCUCACACAUUCGAUUAGGACACAGAGACAUUUCCCUCUGACUGACUUGGUCAUUCCCAACUAAGCAACACGGAGCUCCACACUGGAACAGUCAUGAGCAAAAGCCACAUGUGUACAGCUUCAGAAGAUACUGGACCCACAAACUGAAGACAGAGAGCCUGGCCCAAUAAAAGUGCAUUACACAGAUUUAGAUUUGGAAAACAAGUUAUUGUUAAGAGACUGGGCUGGUUUACCCCUCACUAAACCAGCCCAGAAGCAAGAAUUCAGGACUAGUCCAAACCCUGCAGCUUUCACCAAUGGCUGGAGCCAGUGGGGAUGCAAACUCACAAAGAGCAAGCCCGAGCAUGCUGGCUUGAUUCCACUGCCUGUCUGCUGCAGCCCUCAGAGGCCCCCGCAACCCAGGGGGCUGUGGUCUACAGAUGGAAAACCUCUGGAUACUGGCAGGUGUGCAAGUAUCAAAGUACGUAUAAGAGGAUGGCUGAGACAGGAGAGGGGAGCGUGCAUGGAAGUGAACUUUGUCCCGCAUAGCUGUCAGGCUCUCCUCUCCGAUCUGUCUCUCCUGCCAGACAGCUGCUGGCAAAUGAAGUGACCACAUGGCCCCACGGUUGCACAAGGAGCAAACCGCACAGAGCCAGAGCAGAACGCGCAGUCCCUCCUCCUUGCCUCACCCGAGCCUCCCUCCGGGAGCACGGAGAGACCUGGAGGUCCAUAAACGAACGGGGAGCAGCCCGACUUUUUCGCGGGAGAGGAAGUUUCGCUAGAGCGCCCUUCAGAGAGAAGCAUCCAGCAUCUGCGCUACGGUGCAGUCUGAGAUUAAGAAGCCCAUGUGCCAAUACCCUCUCGUUAAAACCACCCUUAUUCUCCGCGUUCAGCAUUUUCUUCGUGCUGCGCCUUGCUGUCAGAUAUUUAAGAGAUCUCUCCUGCGUGUAACUGAUUAGCACUCUCCCCCACACACAUCCUCGCAUUACUUGUGAGAGAGAGGAAUCAGAAACAGGCGCAGUCCCCCCGUCGGAGAGUCCCGUGGGAGUCCUCCACUCCUUCUCGCUCCGCGCACAGAAGCCCGCGCUCCCUCCCGGCGCUCUCCAGCGCUCGGCUCUGCUCGCAGCCUCGACAGGACAAGGCUGAGGCCGCCCCGCCCGGCCCAGCCGCGACGGACUGUCUGCCCCCGGCAAGUUCCCUUCCUGUCCCGUCUCUCCCUGCUGACAGCCCGUCGACGAACCUGCCGCCCCUGCGGCGCUUCAGCUGGUUCCCACGCGUGGGGCCCGCGGGGCGCUGAGAGGCGCGAUUAAAGCACCAUCCGAGCCGUGCCUCCCUCCGAUGUGCAUGGAGCACAAGGGAGACGAGGGCGCGCAGAAGCUGGCGAUUCACUAAACUCUGUGUAUCUACGUGCUUUCAUCUUCUCAGAAACGAUGCUGUGCUAGGAAUAUUCACUAAAAUAGCGAGGGCGCGUAACUGUGAAAUGGUGAAGUUUUAGACUGGACUUUGGAAAGGUAGGGGACAAAAGCGUACAGGCGAAGCACGGGUGGAGUCCGGAUAGCCAAGCCCAUGCGCUGUCCGCGUCCAUCCCCAUGUACACACUAGCAUUUCUGACCUCUUCUCGGAAAGAACUCUUCUCUCCAACAAGCUCGGCAAAUACAUUCCCUUCUUGCGAAGCACCCCCAGCCAUAGCAAUACCCAAGCUCCGCUACCUGUCUCCGCAAGGCGCGUUAUCCUCCUGUCCCUCCGUGGCUCCUGCGCCGCCAGGGCCUCCGGGGCCGCCGACCCAGCCGGCCUCGGGACGGAGGAUUCGGCCCGCGGCUUCGCGCAGCCCUCGGGGCGGUCCUGGGCGAGCCCCCCGAGCCCCGCACCCCAGCGCGGGAGCGGCGGGUCCGCGGCAGCGGCAGGGACCGAGGAUGUGGGCGGGGGGCUGCCGCAGGGAGCUGGGCGGGGGGGCCGCCAGUGCAUCCGCGGCUUUCCCCAUCGCCCGCUCUAACCCUAACCCUAACCCUAAUGGCGGAGCCAGGCACCGAAAACAAGAAACACUGAGAAAUCUCCCGUACACUCUGUUUUUACUCCAGACACACGAUUUACUGCUGCACGUUUGCUAUUCCCGCGGGGAACAACGCCCGUAUUGAUUUUGUUGUCUCCGACUGCUAUAUUUGUCUUGGAGAAAAGGUGUACGCAUAUAGAAAA